AUGCAGUGGACAAAGGUGCUGGGGCUGGGGCUGGGGGCUGCUGCCUUCUUGGGGCUGGGGAUCAUCCUGGGCCACUUUGCCAUCCCCAAGGAAGCCAGCUCACCAGCCCCAGGGCCCCUAGUUACAGGGUCCCCAGCCCCCAGCGUCUCAGCCCCCCAGGACCUGGACCUGCAGAUCCUGGAGACCGUCAUGGGGCAGCUGAAUGCCAGCAGGAUCCGGGAGGACCUCAGAGAACUCUCCAGGGAGCCGCACCUUGCCACCAGCCCUCGGGAUGAAGACCUGGUGCAGCUGCUACUGCAGCGCUGGAGGGACCCAGAGUCGGGCCUGGACUCGGCCGAGGCCCCCAAGUACGAGGUGCUGCUGUCCUUCCCCAGCCAGGAGCAGCCUAACCUUGUACACGUUGUGGGCCCCACUGGGGACAUCAUCUACUCCUGCCGCCAGACCGAGGAGAACCUGACCGGGGAGCAAGGGGGGCCAGAUGUGGUACAACCCUACGCUGCCUAUGCUCCCCCUGGAGCCCCACAGGGCCUCCUCGUCUAUGCCAACCGGGGCUCGGAAGAAGACUUUAAGGAGCUACAGACUCAGGGCAUCAAACUCGAAGGCACCAUCGCCCUGACUCGCUAUGGGGGUGUAGGGCGUGUGGCCAAGGCUGUGAAUGCUGCCAAGCACGGGGUGGCCGGGGUGCUGGUGUACACAGACCCUGCCGACAUCAACGACGGGCUGAGCUCACCCAGCGAAACCUUUCCCAACUCCUGGUACCUGCCCCCCUCAGGAGUGGAGCGAGGCUCCUACUACGAGUAUUUUGGGGACCCUCUGACUCCCUACCUUCCAGCCAUUCCCUCUUCCUUCCGCCUGGGCCUUGCCAAUGUCUCCGGAUUUCCCCCAAUUCCUACACAGCCCAUUGGCUUCCAGGAUGCAAGAGACCUGCUCUGCAACCUCAACGGAACUUUGGCUCCAGCUACCUGGCAGGGAGCACUGGGCUGCAGCUACAGGUUGGGUCCGGGCUUCCGGCCUGACGGAGACUUCCCAGCAGACAGUCAGGUGAAUGUGAGUGUCCACAACCGUCUGGAGCUGCGGAACUCCUCCAACGUCCUGGGUAUCAUCCGCGGGGCUGUGGAGCCUGAUCGAUACGUGCUGUAUGGGAACCAUCGGGACAGCUGGGUGCACGGGGCUGUGGACCCCAGCAGCGGCACCGCCGUCCUCCUGGAGCUCUCCCGAGUCCUGGGGACCCUGCUGAAGAAGGGCACCUGGCGUCCCCGCAGAUCAAUCGUGUUUGCGAGCUGGGGGGCUGAGGAGUUUGGGCUCAUUGGCUCCACGGAAUUCACAGAAGAGUUCUUCAACAAGCUGCAGGAGCGCACGGUGGCCUACAUCAACGUGGACAUCUCGGUGUUUGCCAACGCUACCCUCAGGGUGCAGGGGACGCCCCCUGUUCAGAGUGUCGUCUUCUCUGCAACCAAAGAGAUCCGCUCACCAGGCCCUGGCGACCUGAGCAUCUACGACAACUGGAUCCGGUACUUCAACCGCAGCAGCCCGGUGUACGGCCUGGUCCCCAGCCUGGGUUCUCUGGGUGCUGGCAGCGACUAUGCCCCUUUCAUUCACUUCCUGGGCAUCUCCUCCAUGGACCUCGCCUACACCUAUGACCGGAGCAAGACUUCAGCCAGGAUCUACCCCACCUAUCACACAGCCUUUGACACCUUUGACUAUGUGGACAAGUUUUUGGACCCAGGCUUCAGCAGCCAUCAGGCUGUGGCCCAGACAGCAGGGAGUGUGAUUCUCCGGCUCAGUGACAGCUUCUUCCUGCCCCUCAACAUCAGUGACUACAGUGAGACACUCCACAAUUUCCUGCAGGCAGCCCAGCAAGACCUCGGGGCCCUGCUGGAGCAGCACAGCAUCAGCCUGGGGCCUCUGGUGACUGCAGUGGAGAAGUUUGAUGCAGAAGCUGCAGCCUUGGGCGAACGCGUAUCAACACUGCAGAAGGGCAGCCCUGAUCCCCUGCAGGUCCGGAUGCUCAAUGACCAGCUGAUGCUCUUGGAACGGACCUUCCUGAACCCUCGAGCCUUCCCAGAGGAACGCUACUACAGUCAUGUGCUCUGGGCGCCUCGCACAGGCUCCGUAGCCACAUUUCCGGGCCUGUCCAAUGCCUGCUCCAGGGCCAGGGACACAGCCCCUGGAUCUGAAGCUUGGGCUGAGGUGCAGAGACAGCUCAGCAUUGUGGUGAUGGCCCUGGAGGGUGCAGCAGCCACCCUGAGGCCUGUGGCUGACCUCUGA